AUACUGCUUUCCAUGUUGAUAUUUGGAGCUGGUAUGGUGUACCGAUAUCGAUGGAAGCUACGCUAUCUGUACUACACCACAAGACGGAAGUACAGGGGGUAUCAAAGACUUGGACAAGAAGAAGACCAUUUUACUUAUGAUGCCUUUGUUUCCUAUGCUGAGGCAGACAGAGGUUUCGUCGUUGAAGAAAUGCGGGCUGUUCUAGAGAGAACCUACGGCUUGAGGUUGUGCAUCCAUGACCGUGACUUCAUGGUUGGUGAAGCCAUCACCGCCAACAUCAUCAAUGCUAUUCAGUCAAGCAGGAAGACCAUUGCUGUUUUGUCACCUAGCUUUGCAAAGAGCUCCUGGUGUGACUAUGAAGUUCACAUGGCCAAGUUGGAGAGCAUCCACACUGGAAGAGAUGUCCUGUGUGUGUUGUGGUAUACCGAUGUACCGGACACUAGAAUCCUCAGUAGAGAUAUUCGGGACAUGAUUGAGUAUGAUACGUAUAUUAAGUAUCCUACACAAGAAAAUGACAAAGAAGAGUUUUGGACGAAAAUCAAAGCUGCAAUCAGCUUUUAAGACUGAUGCAUCUGACGUUAAAUGCUUUUGUAUGAUGAGAUUAAGUGUGAUCAGUCCAGCUGGCAUCAGUUUCUUGGAUAUUAAAAGACUUGAUCGGAUUGUCAGCAAUACAGGCAAACAUGUGCAGCUCACAUGACAUAUAUACAGUUCUACUCAUUGAACUUGAACAUGAUUCACUCAUACUUCCCACGAAUGGUGAUUGGAAGUGUAGGAGACAUCGAGGAUCAAAAUGCGUAACAUGCUAAAUUAUAAAAGUGGAAACACUUAUUACGAGACACAACUUGUCUGUGGGGAAUGGGAACCUGUUUUAAACUAUGUAUAAUAAUCGAAGGUUGUUAAAGA